GAAGUCCCGCCUCACAAAACUACAGUCCAACAUCAUUACAAACCCGUCACAAACUCACAGAGAAACCAAACCACACGACAUGGCCAACCAAGGAGCAAAUGGUCAGAGCAGAAACUUAAAUGUGAGACAGAGACCUGCUCAAAACUCUCCAUCCGGUCCUUCUCCCAGCGAUCGCUUCGCAGUAAAUCCAGCUCUGAAUGAACUGAGACUGGUUCUGCUGGGAAAAACCGGUGCGGGGAAAAGUGCAACGGGAAACACCAUCCUGGGAAACAGAUGCUUUAAUGAUGAAUUGAGCAUGAGUUCAGUCACUAAAGAGUGCAGGAGAGAAUGUGGAACGGUGGAAGGACGAAAGCUCGUUCUUGUAGACACACCUGGGUUUUUUGACACUGACUUAACAGAAGAACAAUUAAAACAAGAAGUAAUUCAUUGCCUGGCCUUGUGUUCUCCUGGUCCUCAUGUGUUUCUACUCGUCAUACCGAUAGAACGAUAUACAGAGGAGCAGCAGCGCACCGUACAAAUGAUUCUGGAGAUGUUUAAUGCGGACAUCAGCAAUCACAGCAUCCUGAUCUUCUCACACGACAGACUCAGAGGAGAAUCCAUUAGAGACUUUAUUUCAAGACAAAAUGCAAAAGUUCAAGACCUCGUGGGGAGAUUUAGGAGGCGUUUUGUGACCUUUGACAACACAAACCCUACAAACCGAGAACAAGUGAGUCGACUCCUGCAGAAAGUGGACGAGCUUCUGGUCAAGAAUGAGAAUCGUCACUUCACUAAUGAAGUUACAGAGGCAAUGCAGAAAGCCCAGAAGAUAAUAGAAGAGAGAAUGCAAGCAGAAAUGAAGAAAAGAAUGAAGAAAAUCAAGAUAGAGAUCAGAAAAAUGGCUGACGUUCGUUGGUGUGCCUUUAUUUCUGACAUCAAUGAAGAUAGGUGCAAAACAAAGAGAAAAAUUAAAUGCAUACAACGCAGGAUCGAUCGGAUUGAGACGGAUAUAGAGACGGAAGAACAAAAUGUGCGGCUGAUCCCAGCAGGACUGAAACAGUUCGAAGCAUUUCUAAAGAGGCAGCUGAAGAACAUGAGAAGAAUGCAGAAAAGAGAAAUGAAAAAGGAGAGGAAGAGAAUGGAAAGAAAGGAGAAAGAAAAGCAGAUCUGGAUUCGAGAAGACAUGCAGAGGAGACUGAGUGAAGCAAGGCAGAAGAGUCUGUUUUCUUCACAUAAUGUGCUGACUACGCUGACCUUCUAUUUGCUUGGCUUUGGAUCUUCAUAUGCACCUACACUCUUUGCGUUCCUGUUCCCUGCAGCUCCAGCGGUGGAAACCGGAUCGUUGGCCAAGUUUUUGUCCAACUUGUUAGAUUCUGGAGCUGCAGAAAGUGGGAGUUUAUUUGGGAAGGCUGCUGAAGUUGUAAUGAAAGCUGUAUCUGUAAAGUUGGCAUCGAAGACAAACUGCUGCAUUCAGUGACUCUCUAUUGACUGAGUUAAUACAGACCAAGCUUAUAAUAGCAAGCUUUUUACAGACUGUAAAGUGCGUCACAGCGAGUGCUCUCUUCAUCAGCAGUCUUGGGUCUAAACUAUUUUUCUCAAUCAUUUCCUCCUUAAGGAUUUUUUUGAAGAAGAGUGAAACAACCCGUCAUUCCAGGAAGCAUUGCAAAUGACUGAAUCACAGAAGACUGUAUACGACACAGUGUGAGAACUGACCACAACGCAGCACUAAACCGAAUCCACAUAUGCUUUUGGAACCAAAUGGACUUGAAUCUAAAAUGGAAAUCUUUUCUAAAUCCUCUGAAUCAUUGUGAUUGCCUGCAUAGAGAAAAAAUCUGAUAUUUUGAAUUUCCAAGGACACGAUUUAAUUAACAUUCAUUGCAGGUGUUCUGGGGGGAAAAAAGGAUUUCUCUUCUUUGCAAAGAUCAGUCAAGUUGCAGGAUCCUGGAUGCAGACAAAAUCAGACUUUAUUGGUGGAAUCGACAAAGCCAUGAUGCCAGCUGCACUAGCUUCAAAACUCAUUUUAGACUGUCUCUUAUAACUUCUUUACUUUGCUCAUCUAAGGAGCAUUCAUUGGAUUAUCUUCCAUUUUUAUUAGCCCAUCCAUCUCUUGUUCUCCACAAUUAAUUAUCUCUGCAUUUUGGCUUCUUUUUAAUAAUGGCGAGCCGUCACCUGGUCUAUUGAUAUGAAUUAAAAACACUCUUACGUCCCAGGACGUAAUGUUUGUUUGUGUAUUAUGUUUGGUGAAUGGAAAAUAAGAUUGUUGCUGUGUAUUGUUGUUUUGUGUUUCUCCUCCUUUCCUUCUCAUUCCUCCAUGCUUUCAGCUAACAGGUAUUAAUGACUACCACCUGAUCCCAAUUACCUUGUUGGAUCCUCUACCUGUUGAGAUGACUGGAAGGAUGUGAUAGGGAAAAGACAGAACUAAGCGCAUUGUGAGGAGAGGGUUUUUACUGUGGCAUUUAACAUUCUUCUGAGUACCCCACUUAGACCGCAGUCAUAUCUUUUCCAUUAAGGGACAAUAUUUGCGCCCUUAAAUUGAUUUACGGGUGCAUUUGUUUUACCUUUAGGGAGGCAAAGUUUUUCUAGCCUUAUUAUUAAUUGUAUAUCAUGUUUAAUGUCGUAUUCUUAACAUGCCAUUAAGUGUAUUAUUAAUAUAAUAAAUAAAGCACUAAACGAUGCCAAAACGAAGUGAAACUUGUAGAUUUAAAACUAGAAUCACCAGUAGGUGGCGGCAAGUCACUGUCUUAAUGAGCGAAGCAUCAUGUCAUUCAUUCAUUCAUUCAUUCGUUCGUUCAUUCAUGCAUGCAGUAACGAAGCAAAUGCCUGUAGUUAUGAAUGGGUUAUUAAUCACUGACUCUUCGAAUCGUUCAAAGCUGCAGAUUCCUUCACUAACGAAGCACCGCUGUUGCUUGGAGACGCACGCCAUUCUGUCGCAGAUUUUGUUUGUAAAUAUUAUUUCGUUGUAAAAUAUAACAAACAAUAAUUGACAAUAUUGUGUUUAAAAUGUAACAUUUUCACUAAAUAUUACCUUUUUUGUUGACCUGUUAUAUAAAAUAAAUGUCACAGUUGCAAUCGU